AUGUCGCAUCGCCUUCCUUACCUCGAUAGAGAUAUAUUGACAAUCAAUGAUCUCAAAACCAAAGCCGGAACUAGGGUUCCCGUGGCUACUCGAGAAUGGCUUGAAGAAGGGGCUAUGGACCUGAUAAUCCUCAAGGACAAUGAGGAAGCUUACAAUCGCUACAAGCUUCGCCCCCGAACGCUGCGAAACGUCCACGACCUCGACAUGUCUGCUACCGUCUUUGGUACCAAGGUCUCCAUCCCGUUCGGCUUCUCUCCCGCUGGGCAUCACGCAACUGUCCACCCAGAUGGGGAAGUGGCCACCUCGCGAGCUGCAGCGAAGAACAACAUAGCCAUGGCAUUGUCCGCGUACGCGAGUUACGAUCUUACAGAUGUCAUGCAGCAAGGCCAAGGCAAUCCCUAUGCCAUUCAUGUGUGCAUUUACAGGAACAGACGGAAGACCUUGCAGAUCCUUCAACGAGCCGAAGCUGCUGGCUUCAAGGCCGUGAUCGUGUCCGUGGACAUUCCCGUUCUUGGACUGCGGCUCAGCGAGUAUCGAAAUGACUUCAAGAUCCCGACCCACGUCAAAAUACCAAUGCUGAAAGACGAAGGAGAGACCGGGCCUACAGAUCCAGAGGAACUCGCUCUUGAUGAUUCCCUCGCUUGGUCAGAGCUCAUCCCCUGGCUUCGUUUCAACACCAACAUGGAGAUCUGGCUUAAAGGGAUAACAUCGCCUGAAGACGUCGCACUCGCCGUGGGACAUGGCGUGGACGGGGUUGUCAUAUCUAAUCAUGGCGGGAGACAGCUCGAUGGCGUCCCAGCAAGCCUGGAUGCAUUGCGAGAGUGUGCACCAAUUGCCAAAGGCAAGAUCAAGAUAGCAGUCGAUGGGGGCAUUCGAAGAGGCUCCGACAUCUUCAAGGCCCUAGCUCUUGGGGCAGACUUCUGCCUUGCCGGCAGAAUACCCCUGUGGGGACUGGCGUACAAUGGAGAAGACGGCGUCGAUCUAGCCUUGAAGAUACUGACCAGAGAGUUCCGCACAACCAUGGCGCUUUGCGGCUGCAGCUCAGUAUCCGAAAUCUCCAAGGAGCAUCUCUCCGUGAUCCAAGGUGAAGCCUUUUUGAGUCGAUUGUAG